AUGGUGACUGAAAAGAAAAUCAUCCACUACUGCAUCAUCAGUAAUCCGAGAGCUGAGAGUCGCAUUUUCCUACAAGACAAUGGUGUAACGGAAGCUAUUGACGGAACGAGUGCAGAGCUUCACUGGAGCUACCGUCUGAAGUCCAACCUCAAUAUAGUUUUGUGGCCUGAAUUACGUACAGGUGUGAACAGGCCACCAUCCCCACUUCCCCCGCCUGUGCCUGCUCGGCCACAGUUCCUGGAGUACGAGGUGAACCCGACUGAUCUACAACUGAACGAACAGAUCGGCAGAGGUGCCUUCGGUAUCGUCUUCCUCGCCACUUUAAAGAGGGCUGUUGACGGUCUUCUCACCGAACAAACCGUGGUGGUCAAAACUGUCCAUGAAGAUGCAGGGGAAGAGGAAAUCAAAAAUUUCAUACGUGAGAUGGACACCACCAUCACCCUGAGGCAGCAUAUCAACCUGUUGGGUCUUGUGGGCUGCUGUACAGUAUCACACCCUCCCUUCCUGGUGACGGAGUACAUGCCGUAUGGAGACCUCAAGAACUUCCUACUCAAGUGCAGGAAGGUAAAGUUGCAUGAGAGGCUCCGAGACAGUAUGUAUGACUUCAAUGCGAUGGAGGUCUACCAAGUAGCGCGGCAGAUAGCAAAUGGAAUGACGUACAUUUCCCAGGCUGGUUACGUGCACGGUGAUCUGGCCGCCCGGAACGUGCUGGUAGGAGAGGACCUGGUGGUGAAGAUCGCAGAUUUCGGCCUGACAACGGACAUCUACGAGCGAGGCUACCGGCGACAGGACGCGGAGCAGAAAAUCCCAUUGAAGUGGAUGGCACCAGAAAGGCUGCUGCGAGAGGGUCGAUACACAAGCAAGAGUGAUGUUUGGUCAUUUGGUGUGGUGCUGUACGAGAUCGCUACGUUAGGGAACGUGCCCUAUCCGGGUCUAGAUCGCACGCUUCUGGAUGAACUCCGCACUGGAUACCGAGAACCACGCCCUCCUGGGCUUCAACAAGACCUGUACGACAUGAUGCUGCGGUGCUGGCAAUGGGAGGAAGACGAUCGCCCAGAGUUUGAGGACCUUUACGAUGAGCUGGACGCUGUGGUAGAAUCCAUGGCCAAGGGUUAUAUAAAACCCGGUUCCGGCUCCCCAGGGGGUGAGAAUGGGGCGGCAGUAGCUACCGAAAACUCGUACGACAUCCCGAGGUCGGCCCAAAUGAGGAUGCAACUCCACGUCACUGCACACGUCUACAACAGCGAAGAUCGUGAUGAAGUCGACUCACUCGCCUCCUCAAAUGCAGAAUCCAGUUCCACACCAAUAGGGGGGCAUUUGGGUAAUCACGAAAUCUCCGACUCCGAGCUACCACUGUCAACGAAUGACCAUAUUUCGGACAACUCUGAUGAUGAUGAAGAAGAGAUGAAGAAGCCUCAAACAACAGAAGAAACUGUGGAUAAUGUCUAAUGGUUUUAUUUUUAAAGACGUUUAUUCUAUCUAAAGGAUGUAUGAAGUAUUAACUAAGUCUAAGUAAGAGAUCCGAUGUAUUAUUGUUUAGUGAAUGCAUUUAUGAACAUAGAAUACACAUUUUUAACCAUAUUAUAUUAUCAUGAUAUUGCCAAAAUAUUUUGAAUAUUUACUACUGUAGUGUCCCUAAUGUAUCGCUGGCUGCAAUGUUUGUUGAAUUUUGUUCUAUAUGAAAGUCCCUUAAUCAGUGUUUGAUGCUAAGUUUUAUAAGCUAAUUGGUUCAGUCUUUUACUUUUAGCCCUUUACAAUCCAAAAAACUGUUUUUAACCUCUCAAAACAUUUGGCACAGAGGCGCCUGUUUUAACCAUUGU